CAAACCUGGGUGUUGUUUCUGGCCCACACUGGGCAAUCUUUUAAGUGUUCCUCCUGUGGGUUGGUGUUAGAGGAAUCACCUACUGGUGCUGUGGGGUUUGUGCAGAGAUCAUGCCUUUGCUUCCUGUUCCGGUCUCCUGGUUGGGCACAGGAGGGAGGGAGGAAGGAAGAGAGGGCUGCAUCUUGCAUCUCACAGUUGCUUGGAGCGCCAUGGCUAGAGUGCCCACAGUCUCGCUCCCUGAACUCCGCUUGCUCCUAGCCUCAGGCAGGGCUCAGCUCUUCGAUGUUCGAUCUCGGGAGGAGGCAGCAGCUGGGACCAUCCCUGGGGCGCUCAACAUCCCUGUGUCUGAGUUGGAAAGUGCCCUGCAGAUGGACCCAGCUGCUUUUCAGGCUUUGUACUCUGCUGAGAAGCCAAAGCGGGAAGCCGAGAAUCUUGUUUUCUUUUGUCAGAUGGGCAAGCGAGGCUUGCAGGCCACACAGUUGGCACAGGGCCUUGGAUACACAGGGGCUCGAAACUACGCUGGGGCCUAUAAGGAGUGGCUGGAGAAGGAGGGCUAGGUAGAAGGUAGCUUGCUGGGUGUUCCAAUUCCUAUGGCCCCCUUGCUAGCUGGGCAAGUCCUUAUGGUGCUCUGUACACAAAAAUCUCAAAUAAAGAGCAUUUAAUCAAAGUA